GGCUCCUGGGGCCGGCCCUCCGUCCUGAGACAUGGCCCGGGGUCCGGGCCCGCUAGGCCGGCCUCGCCCCGACGCGGUCGCCAUGCCCAAGAGAGGGAAGCGACUCAAGUUUCGGGCCCACGACGCCUGCUCGGGCCGAGUGACCGUGGCGGAUUAUGCCAACUCGGAUCCGGCCGUCGUGAAGUCUGGACGGGUCAAGAAAGCCGUCGCCAAUGCCGUUCAGCAGGAAGUAAAAUCUCUGUGUGGCUUGGAAGCCUCCCAGGUUCCUGCGGAGGAAGCUCUCUCUGGGACUGGCGAGCCCUGUGACAUCAUCAACAGCAGCGAUGAGAUGGAUGCCCAGGAGGAGAGCAUAUAUGAGAGAACAGUCUCCAGAAAAAAGAAGAGCAAGAGGCACAAAGAAGACCUGGACGGGGCUGGAGGAGAAGAGUAUCCCAUGGAUAUCUGGCUCUUGCUGGCUUCCUACAUCCGUCCUGAGGACAUUGUGAAUUUUUCCCUGAUUUGUAAGAAUGCCUGGACUGUCACUUGCACUGCUGCCUUUUGGACCAGGUUGUACCGAAGGCACUACACGCUGGAUGCCUCUCUGCCUUUGCGCCUGCGACCUGAAUCAAUGGAGAAGCUGCGCUGUCUCCGGGCAUGUGUGAUCCGGUCUCUGUACCACAUGUAUGAGCCAUUUGCUUCUCGAAUCUCCAAGAACCCCGCCAUUCCAGAAAGCACGCCCAACACACUCAAGAAUUCCAAAUGCUUGCUUUUCUGGUGCAGAAAGGUUGUUGGGAAUAGACAGGAACCAAUGUGGGAAUUCAACUUCAAGUUCAAAAAACAGCCCCCUAGGUUAAAGAGCAAGUGUAUGGGAGGGUUGCAGCCACCUGUUCAAUACGAAGAUGUUCAUACCAACCCAGACCAGGACUGCUGCCUCCUGCAGGUCACCACCCUCAAUUUCAUCUUUAUUCCGAUUGUCAUGGGAAUGAUAUUUACCCUGUUUACGAUCAAUGUGAGCACAGACAUGCGACACCAUCGAGUGAGGCUGGUGUUCCAGGAUUCUCCUAUCUACAGCGGCCGGAAGCUGCGAAGUGAACAGGGCGUGCAAGUCAUCCUUGACCCAGUGCACAGCGUCCGCCUCUUCGACUGGUGGCACCCUCAGUAUCCGUUCUCCCUGAGAGCGUAGUUCCUGCCUCCCUUCCCUGGGGGCUGCCCUGGGUUCGGCAGUCCAUUAGUAACCAGACCCCAGUUUGGCAGCUGAUUGUGAAUCUGGUUAGUAAUGCACUCGCUCUUCGGGCUCCAGGGCCUUCUGGGUGGGGAGGGAAGAGGGGCUAACUCAAGAGGAAAACCACCUAUGAUUCUGAUUCGUAAACCUAUUUUCCUGUGAAAUUUGCAUUUGAAAGGAGAAACCUGAUCCUAUUUUCUGCUUUAAAAUCCCAUUUGGUGCUAUUGAGUUUGUUGUUUGUUCUUUGAUCCCCGUAAAAAUGGAUGGUCUUGCUCUAGGGGAAAAUGAAGCUUCCGACUCUCCAAAAAAGGCUGCCUCAGCACCCAUCCCCUGACAGGUCGGAAGGCCCUAGAGCCCUGAAAUUGUCGCUACUGUCGCUUCUCAGUUAGCUGCCUUCAAAUCUGAGUGAUUCUCCCAUACCCUUCUUCAGAAAUAAAGUUGAUAUAGGGUUUUCAGAAUCUUAAGAAAA